GUUCUACAGUUACGCCACGACAGCUGCCGAAGGCCCGCAGUUCACAGCUUUGGCGUUUCCGCGGCAAUCAGUAGUUACGCUUGCAAUAUCACAAGAAUGUAGUAUGUUAGCAUAGACAGGCGUGCUUGAGACGUAAGAGAGGAAUGGCGCUCAAACUCACCCUCUCGCAGGCGUGGUCGUUGCUGGUCCUGGCAGUCUUCGUGCUCUCUGCAGGGUCCUGCCGUGGUGCGCGCCGUGUGUUCAUGCCAGACCUUGUCAAGGGCGCCGGUGCAGCGGCACGGACAGUGGAGACGGGUGGCAGCACGCUGGCGGCAAGUCAAGACCUGGCUCUGGCCCCCGCCUCCGCCAGCGGCUUGGCCGGCAGCAGUGCUAGCAGCAGAAGCGAUGCCGUCACCACCGCCACCACAACGAGCGACAGUGGCAGCGCCGUACGCGUGUCCGGCACCUUCAGCAGCACGGGGCUCUUGGAAGGUGAAGCAGAACUCCAGGAGCGCACCCACACCGUAAUGCUCUCCGGGGCGUGGCAGCAAGGCGCGGCGCGCAGCUCCCAUUCACCCACCGAGCCACCAGCCCAGCCCACACCUGUCGCCAGCCCAGACUGGGGCGGCGGUGAGCUGGCGCCCUUGGGCAUAACAGACCCUCUCGGGCUUCAAAAGGCUGAGUGGGAUGAUUAUGACUUGGUGGUGGCCUGGUCGGGCCCACGUGACGUGAGCUGGUCGGAGCCGCAGCUGCUAGGCGGCGGUUUGGAUCCUAGGUUUGGCGGCUGGUACGGCCCUGGAUACUACGGCGGAUAUGGCAUGUACGGGGUACAACUGUGGGGCCUGUACGGCGACUGGUCGUGGCCGGGGUGGUACGGCGGCGGGUAUGGGUACGGCGGGGGUUAUGAAGGGGGGCAAGGUGAGCGUGGUGGGUCUGGGUCUGGGCUGCCUGACGGCUGGCGGGAGGAGAUGGUCGCUCAAAUUGAGCUGGAACUCGAGAUUAAGCUGGACCUGGAGAAGAGCAGCGUGCGCGUCAGCACCGAGGCUGACUGAGAAUGAGGGCGUAAGAAUGACUGCUACAGUACCAAGUUUCUGUUGCUUGGCAAGCAGAGCCAUCUUAGUGUGGCGUGACCGCGUGAGAAGCCAUACCGUAUGUGCCAAGCGUGCAGUUGCAGAAGUUGACUAAACCUGUGUCACCUUGCUUCAUUCAUACAUUUACUUUAUUAGUACAGAAAGCCGGGUAAGGCGUCGUGGUAAGACGUCCUUGAGUAAGCAUGUUUUGAUGGACUGUGAGAAGCCAGCAGAUGCUCGUUGCACUUCAGUGCCGUGUCAACACGCUUAGCGUGGGCUUCGUGCAAAAUGCGGUCUGUCGAUGUUAUCAAACAGGUCCAGGUGCUUCGUGGCUACAAAAGAAUACGUUCGUAAUACGGGCUGCCCGUGUGUAGGAUUGAAGCACAACUUCAUAAAUGAGGUGUUUCGGUGAUGGGGCACCCACGGGGGCAUUGAGUAGCUGUCCAUAUACGUAAGACAGUAAGUGCAUGAAAGUGCACCCAUGGGCAUGCUCUCAUAGUCUUGAUCGAUGUCAAUAACACGCGUUGUAAGUUAAAGACUGUCAUUACUCAUUACGGAGGCGUGCUGACCAACAGAUGACCAGGCCGCCUGUGACGGCUGUACUACAGAUCACAUCAGUUUUGCGAAUAGCAUGGCUGCCAGUCCAUAGAUUGCGCCUGGACAUAUUGCAGUGCGCUGACAGCGCAAAGGAAGCGCCGGCGCAAAGUAACACAUAAUGAGUUGCGCUACGGUGCAUACACGUGCAGCAGUCAUUCCCACCAGCAGCGUUAAGUCCCUACACACAUC